AUGUAUGACAUGUUUUUUCUAGGUAGCAGUCAAACCUGUUGUCCACCAAACACACCUCUUACCGCUACUCUCAACGUACUUGAGAGUGUCAGUGUGGCAUGCCAACCAAGAUUUACUGACCCCUGUAAAUGGACUGUCACAGCCCCACCAGGAGCAGUUAUAGGAGUGGAGAUUACUUCACUCACUCUCGUAGCCCCUUCCUCUGUUCAAACUAAGAACGACGCAGGAACCACUGUAACCACGAUUUCUGGUAUCAACGUUGAUAGUCAUUUAACAGCAAUGGGACAGUCUUUUACCAUCGAAAUAGUUCCAUCAAGUGGUGGCAUGCCACCUUCAGGAGGAGAGGCCAUAACAUUUAAAUUCAUUGCCACCUCUCCAGCUAAUACAGUACGUCUGCCUGAAGGACAGACAUCUGAGAAAGAUCCAUAA